CCCAGGCCCCUCGGUUCCCUCACCGGCCCCUCUCUGCCCGCAGCGGCCGGCGAUGGGGGCCGGAGGCCCUUCCGAGCGGGCGGGCGCGGCCCCGGACGGAGGCUGGGGCUGGGCGGUGCUGCUCGGCUGCUUCGUGGUGACGGGCUUCUCCUACGCGUUCCCCAAGGCGGUCAGCGUGUACUUCAAGGCGCUCAUGCGGGACUUCGGCGUGGGCUACAGCGACACGGCCUGGAUCUCCUCCAUCAUGCUGGCCAUGCUCUACGGCACAGGGCCCGUGUCCAGCAUCCUGGUCAACCAGUUUGGCUGCCGGCCGGUGAUGCUGGCGGGGGGCCUGCUGGCCUCGGCCGGGAUGGUCCUGGCCUCCUUCACCCGCAGCCUCGUGGAGCUCUACCUCACGGCCGGCGUGCUCACGGGCCUGGGCAUGGCCCUCAACUUCCAGCCCUCGCUCAUCAUGCUGGGCCUCUACUUUGACCGGCGGCGGCCCCUGGCCAACGGGCUGGCGGCGGCGGGCAGCCCCGUCUUCCUGUCGGCCCUGUCUCCGCUGGGCCAGGUGCUGCUGGAGCGCUUCGGCUGGCGCGGGGGCUUCCUGCUCAUGGGGGGGCUGCUGCUGAACUGCUGCACGUGCGGGGCCGUCAUGAGGCCCCUGCCCGGGGGUCCCGGGGCUCGGGGCGGGGCCCAGGAGGAAGCCAGGGAGAUGCUGCCCCUGGAGCCGGGCCGGAAGCCGCCGGGGAGCCCCGGGCGGCGGCGCGGGAAGCGGCUGCUGGACCUGUCCGUCUUCACCGACCGGGGCUUCGUGGUCUACGCCGUGGCCAAGUUCAUCCUGGUGCUGGGGCUGUUUGUGCCCACCAUCAUGCUGGUCAACUACGCCAAGGACGCGGGCGUGCCCGACGCCGAGGCCGCCUUCCUCCUCUCGGUCAUCGGCUUCGUGGACAUCGUGGCGCGGCCGGCCUGCGGGGCCCUGGCCGGGCUGGCCCGGGUCCGGCCCCACGUCACCUACCUCUUCAGCCUGGCCAUGCUGGCCAACGGGCUGACCGACGUGUGCAGCGCCCGCGCCCGCUCCUACGGCGCCCUGGUGGGCUUCUGCGUGGCCUUCGGCCUCUCCUACGGCAUGGUGGGCGCCCUGCAGUUCGAGGUGCUCAUGGCCACCGUCGGGGCGCCCCGAUUCCCCAGCGCCAUCGGCCUGGUGCUGCUGGUGGAGGCCGUGGCGGUGCUCAUCGGGCCCCCCUCGGCGGGUCGCCUGGUGGACGCCCUCAAGAACUACGAGAUCAUCUUCUACCUGGCGGGCUCCGAGGUGCUCCUGUCCGCCCUCUUCCUGGCCACGGCCACCUACUGCUGCCUGAGGAGGCCCCGAGACCCCCGCCGGCCCCAGACCAUCCCGGGGCCGGGGACGCGGGGGAGGCCGAGUCGGACGGGGAGCCCGGCUGCCCCGCCGCCGCCGCCGCCCAGGAGAACCACGCGCAGCUGCUCUCUUGUGGGGACUCCCCCCGGGGUCCCGGCUCCUGGGACGCCCAGAGCUAACCAGAGCCCCCAGGUCCCAGCAGGACCGGGGGUUACAUCAGCCUGGGCUGCCUCGGGGCCGCCCCCUCCAAUGCUUGUCCCAGGGCGGGACGCAGCUCUCAUCCUCGGCUCCCGGAACGGACGGAGACAUGGCGGGCGCCUGGGGAUGACAGGGAGCACUGCCAUUGCGGGGAGCACUGCCAUCGCGGGGAACACUGGUGUCACAGGGAGCACUGCCGUCGCGGGGAGCAGUCGGCAGGCGGGGCCAGCAGGAGGCUGGGGAGCGGAGUGGCCCCCAGCCCAGACCUGGGGGGCAGGGAGCAGGGAGGAGGCCGGGCAGGGCCCGCUCAGUUAA